UGCAUUUGAGAGGCUUCAUUUGUCAAGUCUCAAAAUAUCAAAUCAGCCUUAAUACUUGGUGGUCAGAACACCAGUAAAUACAAAUCGAAAGAGAUGUUCUUAUAUCGCAUGAGUGUAGACAACGGCUCUCUGUAAGCUUUCCAUCGCAGUGCAUCAAAAUGGCCUUCAAACACUUUGGGAAUCUCCCGCUGGAGUUGCAGAUGAAGAUAUGGCAGACUUACACACACCCCGGACCAGCCAUGCACAUCUUUGACGUCUGUUUUCCAUCAUGGAAGGGCGAUGAACGUGCUGAAAGAGCUUUUGAGAAACAGAGGAAGGAUAAAGCAGGAGAAGCCAAGCUCAACAACUACAACAAGAUGGUGUUUCUUGACCGUCUCGAGAAUAUCAGGUCGAAGGCUGCAUUCGACCCAAGCGUGUACCACUUAACAGCCACAUCAAGGCUAAUCAGUCGCCUCGCUGAACAAACCGUCAGAGAGAUAGAGGCAAGACAGGCUAUGAAUGAGAUCAGUCUCCCCGGCAGAGCCCAAAAGGUCUUCAUCCCUGCCUCCGACGUCCUCAUGCUUCGCUUCCGAGAGGAGCCAUCCGACCACGACGACCUCGCUACGGAAACGCUCCUCGUACCACCGCCAAUCAAAGACAUCCUUGAGAACCAAUGGUCACCGGAAAUAGCCACGGCAUUACAGAAUGCCAAAAAGGUCGCGAUCGACGUUUCCGAAACGUGGGCGACAGGGCUGUACGGCGAGCUAGGGCUUGAAGAGGUUGCAUUCUUCGCUUGCACGAUCCAGAAGGGUCUGGAGGUGCUGUACCUCGUGGAUGAGUGCACGGGGAGGUGUAAGCAGUGCGGUAGACAGAACGUCAAGAUGAGCGAGGUACGAACGCCAGAUGCUCUUUGGAAAGGUCUGCGGACGAAGAAUACGGAUGAUCAGGAGAGACCGGGGGAUAUCGUGAAUGCAGUAUCGAGACGCUACGUCGAAGCGCGGAAUCUUUCGGCGCUGGGAUGGGAGGAGGAACAUCCAUCGUACAUUUUCGCAUGUUUGAUCGAUACUGCGAUCAAGAGUCAACAAGAGGGCGCAGAUAGAGGAAAGUUUCAAGGUGUCAGAGUCUUGGUAGUUGAGGAUGAGUGAUCACGAAGGGACAGAAAUAGGAUAAUGGUUCAAUGCUAAAGAAACCGCCCGCUCGACUUUUGCCGGGAUAUACCAU